GCAACUUUGAGAGUCUAUCGUUCAAUGUUUGAGAUCUAAGAGAUUUAUAACUUUACGCUUUUAUAAUAAUUAUGUUUAAAAGUUGUUGUGCUAGACCGACUAAGAAACUGAGCAAGAGCAAAUCGAAACAAGAAGACAUGGCUUCCUUUUCCGAAUCAAUCGUCCCAGAGAAGGACAAAGUAAAUGAAAAUGAUAAUGGCAAAGCAAUUGAAACUGAUGAAAACAAUACACACAGCGAAAGCUUUAAGAACAUUGAUAUAGAAUUGAAGGAAGAUGCAAAGGGUACGGAGGUUGUCAUAACAGUUUCACCGACAACAAUUUCUAGUAAUGAAGAAAAGGUUUCCGAGGGAUCGGUUAACUAUGACACUGAAGUUGACGAUGUAGAUCAAAUGGUACCUAAACGGGAAAUGGUUAAAAAGAGGUACUCCGUUGACUACAAAAAGUCCCGAAUGGAUUUUAAGAGAUUCUCCGUGGACUGCAGUCGUAAUGUUGCUACACUUGAAGAGCUGGCCAAUCUUGAGAAAGAGCUGGCUCGAACAAAUGUAGACGUGCGUCCCGCAGGUAGACGUAAAUCUACAGGCAUUUUAAAAUCUACAACUAGCAGUAACGAUAUCAGUGAACAGCGCACCAUGAAUGUGCACGAAGUUUGUUCGGAUGAUGACGAGGUGUUCGAGAAGAAUCCUGAAUGUGGUGGUGAGCAGGAGGGGCCACGAGAGCCACCCGCUACACCCGUCGGUCGCGACGAGUUAGCUCUAAGGCGUCACCGGUUCUUUUCUGACCUGGUUUGCGCUGCCCGGGCGGCCGUAGAGCACAGAGUAAGGUUUGAUCCUCUCGGACCAGUUGUUGCAGAUGGCAGUGAAGGCGAGCAAUUAGUUGGAGGCAGCAACCCAGCGGCUGACUUUGAGGCUCUUAUUGAGCGUUUAGAGCGUGUGACUGCACGGCUCGAGCGACUCCCUGUGCUAAGCGCUCGCCCACUCACACCACCUCAGUCGCCUGCACUUCAGUCGCCAGAUCCCCAGUCAAUAGCACCAACGCCGCCAUUAGAAGCGUUAGAGACACCAGCAGUAGACAGCAUGAGUGUCAACGGGUAUCAGGAUUUGAUGCAGGGCCCUUUGCGGACGUACUUGGAGCUGUCUCAGCAGAUCGGCGGCGAUGUGGCCACUCACGCCAACCUCGUCAACGAGGCUUUCCAAGCGCAGCUUCGUUACAUUCAACUGGCUCAAUCACGAAGCAAACCAUCGCAAGCUGAGGAAGUUCAGCUAUUAGCGCCGACCAGCGAAAAGAUAUCUGCUAUUCAGCAGUUCCGAGAGAAGAAUAGAGUUUCGUCGUUCUUCAACCAUCUCUCGGCGAUAUCUGAGAGCAUCCCAGCUCUGGGCUGGGUUGCGGUGUCGCCCACUCCCGCUCCUUACGUCAAAGAAAUGAAUGACGCCGGACAGUUCUACACGAACAGAGUUCUCAAGGAGUGGAAGGAGAAGGACAAGAGACACGUAGAGUGGUGCCGCGCUUGGGUGCAGCUCCUCUCCGAUCUUCAGGCCUAUGUCAAGCAGCACCACACCACCGGUCUUGUCUGGUCUGGCACAGGCGCCGGCGCCCCGCCCCCACCCCCGCCCGGCGGCAUGCCUCCGCCGCCGCCCAUGUUGCCCGAGGCGGACUUCGCCAACCUCAGCGUUGACGACCGCAGCGCUCUCUUCGCUGAGAUUAACCAGGGCGAAGGCAUCACCAGCAGCCUGCGCAAGGUGACAGCGGACAUGCAGACGCACAAGAACCCGACCCUACGUCAGGGGCCGGCCCCCUUCAAGGCGGCUCACUCCGCCCCCGCCCCCGCCCCCACCAAACCUCUGCCUCAGCCCGGCGCGGGACAACUCGACAAGCCGCCCGUCUUCGCGCGCGACGGCAAGAAGUGGCUCAUUGAAUACCAGAAGGGCAACUCUAAUUUGGUGGUGGAGAACGCGGAUAUGAACAACGUGGUGUACAUGUACCGCUGCCGCGACUCGGCGCUCACUGUGCGCGGCAAGAUCAACGGCGUCGUACUCGACUCCUGCACCAAAUGUGCCGUUGUCUUCGACAACCUCGUCUCCAGCGUUGAGUUCGUCAACUGCCAGUCUGUUCAGAUGCAGGUGCUGGGCAAAGUACCUACGAUCUCCAUCGACAAGACGGACGGCUGCCAGAUCUACCUGUCGCAGGAUUCGCUCGACGUUGAGAUCGUCAGCUCCAAAUCCUCGGAGAUGAACGUGCUCGUGCCCAAAGCCAAUGGCGAUUACUCGGAGCACCCGAUUCCGGAGCAGUUUAAGACGGUGCUGAACAAGCCGCCGACCGGACUUACCACCACGCCCGUUGAGAACAAGGGCUAAGCCCCCCAUCGGCUAAGCCCCCACACCCGGAACUAAGCUCCAACGUCUAACUUUGGAUCCUCAUUUCAACAGCACGGUCUACUUUUAAUAUAAGAUGGUUGUACACUCAAUACGAACUAAGAUUACGCAAAUUCCCAACUAAUAAAAAACUAUACAUCAUUU